UGGCCGAGCAGACAUCACUCCCUCCCCACGUGAUCUACGCCCGGCAUCUCCCACUAUGGAGGAGUGUGGCGGUUGGUAAAGGCUGUUUGUAUUUGUCCCCAUAAUACAUCGCGCUCUCCGCGGGAAACCAAAAUGGCGAAGGUCUGUAACCGAACCGGGCCGUUUGCGCUGUCCAUGUAACCCUGAGCCGUCGCCGGCCGCCAUCUCCUCCCUCACCACAGAGGGAGCCCCGGGCGCAGGACGAACUGCGGAGCCGCUGGCAGCGCGGACUUGUGAUUUCGCCGUAGGGAGCGCUCCGCAACACUCUAGUGACCGAUGAGAGACGCAACUGCUGUGGGCAAUUCAUUGGUCCUUAAAAGAUCCCCUUUCCGACAAAAUAAGAAGGCCUUGGAGUCUUUGACAAAAGCAUCUGUACGGCAUGGACAGAAGCCCAAGAGACCGCUUUGUAAAUUUGAAGAAGGACAAGAUGUCUUAGCAAGAUGGUCAGAUGGAUUGUUUUAUCUUGGAACUAUCAAAAAGAUAGAUAAGUUUAAUCAGAGCUGUUUUAUCUUAUUCGAAGACAGCUCCAAAUCGUGGGUACUCUGGAAAGACAUACAGACAGGGGCCACUGAAAGUGGGGAAAUGGUGUGUACCAUAUGUCAGGAGGAAUAUUCCAAAGCGCCAAAUGAAAUUGUUAUUUGUGACAAGUGUGGGCAAGGCUAUCACCAACUGUGCCACACCCCCAAGAUUGACUCGAGCGUGAUUGAUACAGAUGAGAAAUGGCUGUGCCGGCAGUGUGUGUUCGCCACUACGACAAAGAGGGGAGGCGCGUUGAAGAAAGGACCCAACGCCAAAGCCCUGCAGGUCAUGAAGCAGACUCUGCCAUACAACGUGGACGAUUUAGAGUGGGAUGUCGGUCACAAGACCAAUGUGCAGCAAUGUUAUUGCUACUGUGGAGGCCCCGGAGAUUGGUAUUUAAAGAUGCUUCAGUGCUGUAAAUGCAAACAGUGGUUUCAUGAGGCCUGUGUGCAAUGCUUACAGAAACCUAUGCUUUAUGGUGACAGGUUUUAUACAUUUAUUUGUUCAGUAUGCAAUUCUGGACCAGAAUACCUCAAACGUCUGUCUUUACGGUGGGUAGACAUAGCACACCUCUGCCUAUACAAUCUAAGUGUAAUUCAUAAAAAGAAGUACUUUGAUUCAGAACUUGAACUCAUCACAUAUAUAAAUGAUAAUUGGGACCUAUUACAUCCUGGCGAGCUGGCUGACAUCCCCAAAUCUGAUCGAUAUGAACAUAUUCUGGAUGCAUUGAAUGAAAAUAAGACUAUGUUUAUGUCUGGAAAGGAAAUUAAGAAAAAGAAACACUUGUUUGGUCUGAGGAUUCGGGUUCCUCCUGUUCCUCCAAAUGCUGCUGUAAAACUGGAGAAGGAAGAGAGCACAUCCCAUGAGUUCAAGAUUAAGGGCAGGAAGUCAUCAAAGCUUCUUCCUGUUACAAAAGAAGAGAAUAAUAUUGAAGUGAAGAAGAGGAAGCCAGUGGGUCGUCCACCAGGCUCGCACAGAAGAAAACUGCUGCAGAAUGACAACUACGAUGCUCCAUACUCGAAAAUGGAGACUGAUCUAGUAUUGGAGAAGACCAGCCUGUUAGAGUCACCAGAUCAAAGAAAAAGAGCUGAUAUCACCACUUUCUCCUCUAGUAACUCUGAUGUAGAGUCCAGUGCUGCCAGUUCAAAAGAAACUACUACCUCAACCAGCCUUUCCAGUCCUCAGUCAGACAUGAGAAGAGUGACACGCACAGGGAGGUCCUGGUCUACUGCUGUACCACCGCCUGGAAAGCGAGGCCGUCAUCCUCGAAAAGCUCUCCAAGCUCACAACUCUGAUAUAGGAAGGAAUGAUGAAAGCCAAGAGGACUCUCAGCUUGCUGGACUCAAUACAGAUAUUGUUAAAAAUGAUCAUGACUUACAGCUGCAUCACCUGAAGAAUUCCAUUACCAGUUACUUUGGUGCAGCCGGGAGAAUAGCUUGCGGUGAGAAAUACCGCGUUUUAGCUCGUCGAGUCACGCUUGACGGGAAGGUGCAGUAUCUUGUGGAGUGGGAUGGGGCAACAGCCUCCUGACCACUGUGCUGGACAACUUCAUCCUCUAACUUUUUUUUUUUUUUUUUAUUAUUAUUCAGGUUCCUUGAAGUGAUAACUUAUUAUUGUUCACCCCCUUUUUACUGCUAACAUGCCUGCAACACCUGCGGCAGUAAAUGGGUGGUGGAACAGAGAAGAUAAAGGUCUGUUCUAAAUGCAUUUGUUUCACAACCGUUGUCACUGGUUAUGAGAAGGAACAUUGCUUUUAACCAAAUAUCUGCAGCAGUGCACAUUUCUGAGAAUGGCGUGGUUUACAGUAUUCCUAAUCAAGCAUUAAUGUUGUGUGUCUUUGUGUAAUGUGGGUUUUGUACAUAGUGUGCCGUUUAACCCCUCGCUGCUAGACAUGCCAACUCUAUUCAGUUAUGUUGUGCAGCUUUUGAUGUUUCAGUGCCUCUUUUCAAUUCCUACGGUGAAGUUUGUAUUGGUUACUAGAUGAAAAUGCUGAUUUAUUAGUAUUUCCCUGUAUAGUGGUACAGCAAAUUCCCUGCACGAUACGGUUGGUUGGCAAGUGUGUAGCCUACAAGUUCCAGUGAUGGGAAUGGAAGCAAUGGUCUCUGUGACACGACUUCCAGUACUACUUUUCUAAAUUAAUCUAUGACGUUCACAUUGGCGUUUGAGUUGACUGGGCUACUUAAGAAUUCUAAUUUUGUCCUUGCAUAAGAUUUAUUAAUAUUAGAAAUACAGUUAAGAAGUUUGUUGUGAGAGAAUGCAGCCAGUGUAACUUUCUAUUACUUUCUUAUUACACUGACAGUGUUAGUUGUAAUUAUUUUUAUGGGUUCCUUGCUUAGGGAUUUAACAAUCGGGUCAGGAAUGUCAUGCUGAGGGAUUUUUAUAUAUGUAUUCCUGCUAUACUUGUGUAAGCAGCAGUAAUUCCCUUGUCGGAAUAAGCCCCAGAAAACUAGCCCACCUGUGCCGAAGUUCCCAGCUACAGUGGUUAUCGGUAUGUUAAAGGAGAAUGGUCCCUGUUAUUAAACUUCUCUUUUGAGUCAUUGUAAUCAUCAGAUGAUUGGCUACUCUGGCAGCAGAGGGGUUAAUUAAUUGUGCCUCAUCCCCCAGUCAGAUUCAUUCCUGUUUUCCUUCUAUGGUAGUGCUAAUGUAACGCUGUGUCAGUGGUGCUGUAGCCUGUUCUAUCUUUACUCAUACUAGACAUUUGCUGGGUCUGUUGCCUUUUAAGCAAUGUGUUUAAGAAAUCGUUAUCUUUCCCAAAUUGCCUGUGUAGGUAGAUAGACUAUCCUGUCUUAUCUUUUCUAUCCAAAUGUGAUCUAUGCAAUAUUUUUUUUUUUACUUUUUUAAAUUAUGUGACGAGGACAGUUGAAUACAAUUGUGAAUAACGUGUCAGGAACACUUGCAGUAUUUACACAACAGCAUUUUCCUCUUCUCAAUAACAGGAGAAGGGCAGAAUAGUAAAGCUCUUUUCCUUUUUCUAGUGAUAUUUUCUUAACUCGCACAUGAAGUGCUGGUGCUGAUUUUCUACGAAAAAAAUAAAUUUUGAAUCUUAAUUAUUGACCACUGUGUCGGGCUCUUGCCUAGCAGUGUAUGGUGCCUGUAUUUUAGACCUGCUUUAAGUUGUGUACACGAAUGAUAGUGUCUCUGCAUCUUUGUCCUCUACUCUUAAAACAAGGUUAGACAAGCUGUGCCACAUGACUAAUGACUUGCCCAUCAUCAGUGGCUUCAGCAUCAGUCAGCAUUCUUACGUGGAUUGUUUUAUUUUAACAUGAAACCUAUUUUUCAACCAUCUGCAAGGUCAAAAAACAGAGGUUGUGUUCAUCUUCGUUUGUUUUGAAUAAUAAUUGUCAAAGUUUUUGUACAGAACGUGCCUAAAUGUCACUUUUUAAACAACCGUUAUUUUUCUUCUUAGAAUUACAAGUAAUUGAUUUGCAUCACGUUUCAUUGCAUCUUAUUUAAGAUUAGGUGAAAUUGUUACAGUCAGUAAUACAGCUUUACUUUUCUUCCUCAUUGCAACCCAAUCAUUAAAGCGCAUUACAGUAGAAAA